AUGAAGCAGUUGCUAAACGUAAGCCAACAAGGACGCGACCUCGCAGGUGUAGUGCUGGACGCGUUGAUCCUUCCCGCCACGUGCAUGCUGAUGACCAUGAUGCCAGAGCAGACAGUUCUCUACGCGGAGGCGGUCAAGAAAGCAGGGAAGGACCACCAGCUCGGCCCGCCUUUCAUCUGGGCAAUGGGAGGACUGCUCAAGGCCCUGGUGUCCUUGGGCGACAGCAUCGGAGCGCAGAACGCCCAAAUAGCUCAAAAGGCGUACUCGGAGUACGGAGAAUACUCAGUCGACACGAAGUGCGAGCUCGUUCCAUUCUGCCGCCAAGACAAAGUUUAUCAGAAGGAGCAGCGCCGCUUGACGAUCUCUUGCCGCGACCCGUUCUUCCGCACAAUGCUGAUUGGAUCAAUAAUGCACAUUCCAGGAGUCAAGCGCAAGCAUGGCCGAGCUCCAGCAGCACAUAUGGGGGGAGAGAUCCAGCAGUUUUGUUUUCGAAACGCUUCUGAAGUGAUCGAAGAUACUGAAGUUCGAGCUGAUCAUCCGCAGGCAUUUGGA